UUGGGCUGGACCAAUGGAGUGAGACAUAAUCAUUGAGUGGAACUGGUUUAAUUUCAUUUGUUUGCAUCCCUGACAUGCUGAUAUAUGUGAAGCUGGUCAUCCUUGAAAUUUUAUUCUACAAAUUAAAAGAAUAAAUGCCAAAAAUUAUUGAACAGGUUUCCAACACCAAUAAGAUAAUGGAAUUUAAUUGAUGGGUUGAAUAAUUAAUGAGCCUUGUCUCCUUUCCAGUUUUCUGUUGCACUAGUAUUUUCUGCAAUUGAACACAGCAAUUGGUCACCAUUUUUCAUUUGAUUUAUUUUCUGCUGCUUAAAUUUGUUGUUGUUGUUGUUUUUUGUCUGAAAAACCCUUACAAACCAGGAUUUAAACAUUAUAUUUUAUUGCCAUUGUUUGUUCCAUCAAAUUGCAGAGUAUUUGUUUCAAUAGGCAAAUAAUAUUGUGGAAUAGCUGAUAAGGAAAUCUUCUCCUCCACUGGCAUGUUUACUUGUCUUUGCUUAUAUGGUCCAACAAUACUUUUGACUGUAUUGACAUAUUCAGGAAGAAACGAUUUAUUUUCACAGUUUGUUGCCUUAUUAAGUGUAACCCUUAAUUCAGAAGAAUAAAAUAUUCAUCCUAGACAGUUGUUAAUAAUUAAUGAGCUAAGAGUAUAUUUCAGGUUUUGAGUGAGUAAUGUUUUGACAACCUGGCAGUUUUUCAGUAAUUGCUGGACAAAAACUGAUAAGCUAAUACACAAGUUUGUGGGCAGUAUUGUCAGAAACAUGGAAGAUCCUCAUGAACAGAACAAGGGAAUUUUGAAAGCAUUAGAAACUGUUGCAAAGAAAGGUCUUGAUUCAUUGGAUUUGAACAUAAAUGGCAUUCAAAAAAUUCCGAGAGGAUUAGGUGAACUCAAUCUUUCUCAUCUGAAAUAUUUUUAUCUACAAGGUAAUAGCAUUUCCUUCUUACCAGAUGAGUUUUUUCCCAGUCUUCAAAAUCUGGUGUGGCUUGAUCUGAGAGACAACAAACUUCAUGAAAUUCCACAGAACAUUGGAGAGCACAGGAAUAUAAAGACAUUGUUGUUAGGGAGAAAUCAGCUCAAAUUUCUCCCAUUGGAGUUAGGAGUCAUUAGGACACUAACAGGGCUAAAUUUAUCAAAUAACCCUCUCAAGGAGCCUCCACAUAGUGUGGUUGAAAGGGGAGUUCAUGCCAUUAAGCACUAUCUACUGAUUAAGCUUGGGGUGAAUCCAGAAAACUUUAAAUAUGAUGCAACUGAAUCAAAAUACCACAGGACAGAGAGUGGAUCAGAUAGCUCACAUACAGUAAAUGUGGAAAAGAAAAAUAACUGCAGGGAUGGCAUAGAUAUCUUACAGAUGGCAGAUGGUAGCAUUCUUGAUAAUAGUAAUCAGGGUACAUCAAAGGUAGUUUGCCCAAGGGAAGCCAUGGCCUAUUAUGGGGCACUGCUUGGCAACAUUCCAAAAUCCUACAUCUUUAAACCAUGGAAGACAGGAGUCUUUUUCAAAAAAGAAGAGAUGGGGAUUGAUCCCUCACUGAAAAAUUGUGACAAAGACAACAAUGAAAAACAGUGACUCAUUUAAAUGGUUAUUGACCUUAUGGAAGACAGACUUACCAUGUAAUGUGUGUCAACAUGGUGCAAUGUUCAAAACCCUUUGUGACAAAAAUUUAUAAAAGUAGGAACUGGUUUGGGUUUUGGCAAGUGCAGUCAAAACUGUCACUAGCUGUGAAGUCAAAAAAGGGUAGACUAAAGUUGUGUUUUUUAUUAUAUUACUGAAUGUAAAUCAACUGAUCUAGAAAAUCACAUGAAUCAAAAAAU